GGGACAGAGAGUAGCUAAGGCGAACAGAGAGGGAAUCAAGCCGAGCCCCACGGAGCAUCGCCACCCGUGUGUAUCGCACUAAAAUGUGACUCUGGCCAGCAGCACCGGGAGCCGUGUGAGCGCGAGCGCGAGAGCGAGAGAGAGUUGUGUGUGCCGGAAUUUUCGUUAGUUUAGAAAGCAACAACUGCGUUUUUUCUCACUUUGUAGCUAAGCCAAGUCAAUACUAUUUAUCGGAUAUUUUAAAAAAUUAAAGAGAGAGAAAGUGAAAGAGUAAGAACAUUCUAUUUAAAAAAGAAGGAUAUCUGCUUGAGCGACUCGCAAAAACUGUAUAAAAAAAAACAUUUUUCUUGUAAUCGAGGAUCACCUGAUCCGAAUUUGUUUAGAUCAGAGCAUGUUCGACUGAAUGGUGAAGAAAAAGAAAAACCAGUGGAUCUAGCGGACGAAUAGAAGAAAUACGAGUCAUGUCAUGCGAAUUAUAGACAGAUGUAUCGAGUAUAUAUAUAUGCGUAGAAAUAGAAAAAGUGUACCUUGUUAUUCCAUCGUUACAAUCGUUUAUUGGCGUUCCCUUGCUACGUGAGAAACAAAAUUGACAAGUUAUACGGAAUUAUCCAGUCAGCUCCGAUGACUAUCCUGGAUUAGUGUACUUUCGCACCACUCCACUGUGAACUGUGAUUCCUUAUAUCGUGGACGAAAAGCAGGGUGAUCGCGACGACGGAAUAAACGAGGAACAAUGAAGCUCGAACUGAUGGAUCGGGAGAAAGGCCUGGAGCUCUUCGGGAAAUUUAUACGAACGAAAAAUGUGGAAAGUCUUCAGGAUGACCAGGAAAAAACUGGACCUGAGCCACUGCAUCCGACCGAUUCCAAGCAGAAAUUACAGAAGUGCCUGACGACUCUGGACUUGACAUCCUUGGGAGUUGGCUCCUGCGUUGGUACAGGAAUGUACCUAGUCGCGGGGAUGGUGGCGCGCAGCGUCGCCGGCCCAGGUGUCGUCAUCUCGUUCAUAAUUGCGGCCAUUGCUUCCAUUUUUUCCGGAGCAUGUUACGCCGAGUUUGGAGUACGAGUGCCUCACACGACUGGCAGCGCUUACAUGUAUAGUUACGUGACCGUAGGCGAAUUAAUAGCAUUCAUUAUAGGAUGGAACAUGAUAUUGGAGUACCUUAUAGGUACGAGCGCGUGUGCCUGCGCCCUUAGCGCCUGCUUGGACGCCCUUACGGACGGUGCCGUUUCCGGGGCGAUAGCAAACAGCGUGGGAACCAUUUUUGGUCGACCGCCCGAUUUCCUCGCGUUCGUCAUUACUAUACUGAUGAUGCUGCUAAUGGCCGCGGGCGUGAAGAAAUCCCUGGUGUUCAAUAACGUGUUAAACGCUAUCAAUCUCGCCAUUUGGGUGUUCGUCAUGACGGCGGGAAUGUACUAUGUGGAUAUUGAUAAUUGGAACGAGCAUGGGGGCUUCUUUCCUUAUGACUGGAGUGGUGUGUUCACCGGUGCAGCGACGUGUUUUUACGCGUUCAUCGGCUUCGAUAUAAUUGCAACCACUGGCGAAGAGGCGACAAACCCAAAGAGGAGCAUUCCUCUUGCUAUAGUCUCCUCGUUGAUCAUAAUACUCACCGCCUAUGUCACUAGUAGUAUGAUGCUAACGUUAAUUGUCCCAUAUGAUGAAGUGGAUCAAGAUUCAGCGCUGGUAGAAAUGUUUGGUCAAGUUGGAGCUUACAAGUGCAAGUAUAUUGUGGCAGUUGGUGCAUUGGCUGGAUUAACAGUCUCCAUGUUUGGUAGCAUGUUCCCCAUGCCUAGGAUAGUCUAUGCUAUGGCUCAGGAUGGUCUUAUAUUCAAGAGUCUGAGCCAAGUAUGGCCCAUAACAGGUACACCAGCCAUAGCAACACUGACUUCUGGCGUGUGUGCAGCCAUGGCUGCACUGCUCAUUCAAUUAGAGGUGUUGGUAGAGAUGAUGUCUAUUGGUACCCUGCUGGCUUAUACUCUAGUGUCUACUUGUGUAUUGAUUCUGCGUUACCAACCCCAUUCUACCAAUCUGGUAGAACUGCUACCGCAAAGUUUAAGAACACCAUGUCGAUCACCAACAAAGGAGAAUCAAGGAAAUGGCCAGGUAAAUUAUGGGAAGGAGCUGAGACCCGAUCAACUGACUACUGCUCUAAAUUCUGUCCAGGCUGCACAAUCUGAUCUUGCUGCAGCAAACAGUGGUCAACGUAUCAUGGUAAGACGUGUAAGAAGGUGCAACAGCUCUUCACCAGACUCUGAUGACACAUAUGGUGCAGAGGAGGAUGAAGUUGGUUUGGGUAAAGAUGAUCAAUAUUUGGUCAGUGAUAGAACUGAGAAUAAAUUCUACGGUAGUGUGCAUGCAGCUGCAGCUGCAUCUAGCUGUGGCAGUACACAUCAAUACCCAGGAAAUACACCAAUAAUAGGACCACCUUUGAAUUAUCUCCAACGUCGAUUACAGGCGGCACAGUAUCUUUGUCCCGCCAUCUUCCCUUGGGUGGACAGGGGCCCAGCAACGGAGGCGUCAGGUCGUUAUGUCAUGAAAUUAGUAGGAAUACUAUACUUGCUAAUCGUCAUCUUCGACUUAAUCGUAGUUUGCGGCAUGGGACAUAUGGGGACAUUUACUACAUUGUUAAUGUUCGCUUUUCUCUUUGCCAUUAUUGGGAUAUUGCUUGCCAUUAGUAGAAAACCACAGAAUAGGAACAGUGUGAUGUUCAUGACACCAGGUUUGCCAUUCGUACCUGCGAUUGCCGUCACCGUGAAUAUAUACCUCAUCUUCAAGCUGAGCAUCCUAACUCUCGUCAGAUUCACCGUCUGGAUGAUUCUCGGUUUCAUCAUGUACUUCUAUUACGGUAUCAAACACAGCACUCUGGAGGAAAGAAACGCUUCAGAGAACUUGGAAGAGACUGUUUCAGCUGGGAAUAUCGAGCUGACGGUAACAGAUACGCAAAAACAGCAACAACAGCAACAGCCGUCUUAUACGACGACUGAUCGUAGUAUCUACGAGAGCCAGCAGCUUGAUGCGUUUGGGCAGCCUGUAUUUGGCAGCACAAACUUCGGUGGUACACCGAGCCAAAGGCCAGUAAUUUCUGGCCAAUCGUCGCUGUUCAUUGACCAGGAGAGUUUUCCCACUUGGGAUGAUUGAACGGCUACAGGCGUCGAUAUAAAUAUAUAUAUUUGAUGAUAUCAAGAUAAAUUAUUGUACGAGCCUGACCGGCGUUGAGAGCAUUCACCAGCGUAAAAAAAAAAAAAAAGAAAAGAAAAAAACCGACCUUUUCGGAGCUCGCGGUGAACAAUGGCCUUCAUGGACAAUGUAGGGAGAUUUUCAGGUUAUUAUGUAGCGUAACUAAGGGUGUGCACGAUAAUGGAAUUCGUACUCGAAAGUACGUUUGUGAUUUUUGAUUAGAUUAGGCCGAUAUCAAGUGUAUUUGUUGCGGAUAUUAUAUCCAAUAAUAUUUUAUUGAUUUUAUAAUAUUGAAUGUGUUAAUUUUAAACAGUUUAGAAUGAUUGAUAUAGAUAAAUUGGAUAAAAAGUUCGUUUUCUAAAUAUUAUUCCUUGAUCAUGUUAUGUUAUAAUUAGCAAAAAAUUGAUAUUACUCUUACAUUUGUUUGUAAUUUUAUUCGUUAUUGAAAUUACAGUUGGCACAAAUAUGUUAACUAGUUUCUUUUCCAAGAUCUCUUUAUGAUUGGAUAAAUAGAAAUGAUGGUUUUAUAUUUUUAAUUUUUGUAUUUUUCACACGCGCGCAUAUAGCGAACAGAAUAGAUUUGUUAAGUUUUUGAUUAAGGUUAGGAUCUUUAACAGAUAUAAGUUGAAUACCUGUUCAUCGAGAACAUUCCAUGAUUAAGUUAUGUUGUGUUCAAUGCAAAAUUAAUGGUUGUGUGUAUUGAUAUUUUUUUUUUAGAAUAUUUUUUUUUAGUUUAGAAUAAUUGAAAAGCUGCGAACAAGAGAAAGUGGAUAGUUAUAUUUUAAGAAGAAGAUAUUUUCUUUUAGAUUAUCUUGUGAUUAACACUAUCGAUAAAUAUAACUUUUAUUUUUUUAUAUUUCGAUAGAUUAGUAUUUUCUUUGAAAGUAUUCCCUUAUUUCAUUUUUGAAAUAGAUUUUAGUAAUUUGAUUAUUUUUCUUCUUCUGUGAAGAAUUAAGAAACUUUCUUGAUAAAUGCUCGACAAUUAAACAGGAAGAGUUGUUGCUUCGAAAUUCUGAGCUUCCUUUAUUAAUUUCACUUCUCUACACUGAAAAACGUCAAUUUCCAGAUCCAUCCUAAUCAAUUGUCGAGCAUUAUAUAUAAUAAUUCACUUUUUAACAAUCAUUCGAAAUAAAGCCCAGAAUUAAAGAUUGAACAAUAUAUAUAUAUAAAAGAAUCGAAUUUGACGGAACCGCGGUCUCCGAUGGGCGAACUUGUUGACUACUGUUUGGGACGAAUGUAGCAAAUAAUUUUCGGGGCAAUAUUUAUUAUUCUAAUUAUAUAAAAGCGAGCGAGCGAGCGAGAGAGAGAGAGAGAGAGAUAGAGAGAGAAUGUGCGAAUCUGAGAGAGCAAGAGAAUAGGAAGCAAAACUGUCAGAAAGGGAAUCAUCAAGAGAAAGAAGAAAAAAAAGAAAAGAGAAAAAAAAAAGAUGAAAAAUUAAGAUUAAAAGGAGUGAUCAUCAUUAUUCCUAAGUAUAAGGCAACACUUGUGUUUUCCAAGAAAGCAUUUUAAUUGCUACAAGAUUAUAUUGUAAACGAUAAUAUUGCUAUUUGAAAGAAAAAGAGAGAAAGAAGAAUGAAAAAAGAUGAGAAAAUGGAAAAGAAAAAGAAGAAUUAAUAAAUUAGAAUGUGAAGUGUAACAAAAAAACUUUGUUUUUAAAAUGAAGCACAUGGAAAAAAGGAUAAAACCAAAGAAAAAGAAGAAAGCUGCAGAAAAGGGGAAAAAUAUUGAAUCUUGCCUAAAAUUUUUCCCAGUCUUGAAAAAAAAGUUUAGAAUUACGAUCAUAAUCCUAAGAAAAGAAAUUUUAAGCUUAUCUUAUUAUUAUAACAGAAAGUCGUGUUUCCAUUGAUUGUAUUCGAAUUCAGAUUGUUGGCCCCCUGCUGAGAUGCCAUUAAUGGAUUACAUAAUUUAUUGCAGUUAUUAUUGGCGCGAAUAAAAAGGAAUUACUUAAUUAUUCGAAAAAAGAAAAAAAAAUAAAAGCUUGCAAGCAAUUAAAAUUUUGAAAUGACAAAAAUUCUCAGCUCUAUAAAGUAUCGUGUUUAGUGUGGAGCAUCAUUUAAAAAACUGGUUAUUUAAUGUUAUUUAAUUGUAAAUGUUGUUCAAUAGUGAAUAUCCAGUUCUAAUAAUAACAAGUUCCUACAACGACUGUUGACCACUCAAUUGUUAUUAUUUAUUGAAGGAUUUAUGUUUUGUAGAAUAUAAUUAUGACUGUUACUAGUGAAUAUAUGUAUUAUCGAGAGUCUUAAUUUUAUUAAUUAUUUUUUUGAAGUUAAUGUCUUAAAUAUCCACAUAAGAAUCAUAUUCUAUCUUCGUUUAAAUAGCAAAGAGAAGAAUAUGAAAAAUAAAAGUUAAAAUAAAGAAAAAGCAAGAAAAUAUAAUGGAUAUAAAUAAAAUAUAGGAAAAAAUACUGAGUUAUAAAAAAAAGAAUGGAGAUCAAAAAAAAUUUUGGAAUUUUGAAAAAAUAAAUUAUUGAAAUGAGGAAAUUAAAAAUAUAAAAAUUGGAAAGUUGGAAAAAUAAAAAAAAUUAAGAAACUUAACGAUAAAAUAAUUAACAAUUGAAAAAAAUAAUAGAAUAUGCAAAAUUGAAGAAUGGAAAAGCUGAGAAAUAAGGAAAUAUAACGGAAAAAUGAAGAAAUAUAAAAAUUAAAGAAAUAAGUAAGAGAAAUGUUAGAAAAUCAAGAAAGAAACUGGGAAGUACAUACGUUAAAAAAACGGAGGAAAGAAAUCGAAGUGGAAAGACAAAUACAGGGGGUAGCCUGGGAAAUUCACCUUUCCAUUUAUUCUAUUCUCAGAUCUACAUAUCAAUCAGUGAUCUUUUCACAUAUCAAUCUACAAGAAAGGUAAAAAAAAACCUGUAAAACUCCAACAGUAGAAAGAAUGAUCGAAAAAGAGAGCGCAAGAAUGGGAGAGAAUGUUGCGGGAGAAUGGGAGAGAUUGAUCUAAAUAUUUAUCUUUAAGUAUUAAUGCGUCUGUUAAAAAAAAAUUUUCUAAUAUAUAUAUAUUAUAUUAUAUUAUAUUAUAUUAUAUUAUAUUAUAUUAUAUUAUAUAUAUAUAAAUGUGUGUGUGUGUGUGUAUGUGUGUUUGUAUGUGAAUCAUACAAAAUAUUAAAAAAUAUGUGGGAUACAUUUAUAGAAUCGACGAAAAAAAAAAUAUUAAUACAAAAAAUGAUAUGCAAAAAUAUCAAUUGGAGUUUAUUUUUCAAAUUACGAUUCUAAAUAAUCACCUGAGUUUUAUUCUAACUCAUUUCAUGUAAUGAAAAAUUAAGUAGUUAAUAACAAAAUAAACUUCAAUCAAUAUUUUUUUGACACAUCAACUUUCGUACUUCAUUUGAUGUUUAAAAUUGAUUUUUCGAAAGUGUCUCGUAUGUUUCGUAAUAUCCUGUAUACAUAUGGUGUAUGUGUGUGUAUAUGUGCGCGCGUGUGUGCGUGUGUGUGCGUGUGUGUGCAUGUGCGUGUGUGCGCAUGUGUAUGUGACUGAAUGAGUGGGUAUAUGAUAUACUUUCUAUACGCGAUGAUUGAUCUACUAGAUCGAUCGAACCACGAUCGAAGUUGCUCUCUUAGAAUUUUUUUUAGUUCUCAGUCCCGACACCUGUCGCCAUUAUGAGUUUAUUGAGAAUGAAGAAGAAUAUAAUAUUUUUCAAUUAUAUUAAAAUUUUAAAUGUAAAAUAUCGAUUUUGUGAUUUUUUUAAUUAAAUUAAAAAUUCUUUAAGAAAAAUUUAUCUAAAACAAAAAUAUAAAUGAUAUAUUGCGUGAAUGUUAAUUGAAAAAUUUCGCAAAAGCUAUGAAAUUUUCAAUAUAAAACUGUUAGGGAAAGAUAUCUUCUAUCUUCUUCAUUCUCUAUAUUCUUCGAUUUAAGUCGAGCGGUGAUCGUUGUUCUGGAUAUCCGCUUAUUCAACAUUAAUCCACGAACUCUUUAACAUGAUAAUUUCUAAACGAAUAUUAAUGAUUUUCAAUCAUCUUUAGUUUCAAAAUUUGAAUUUAAGAAAAGUUUAUUCAUUUCAAUAUUUUAAUAAAAUUAUUAAAAUAUUAUUAAAAUUUGACUUAAAAUUCAAUCCACAUUAUUUACAAGUUAUUUUUUUCAGUUUGAGUUGAGUAAUCCCAUAGGAUUAUUACUAGCAUAAUUAUAGAUGAAAUUUUGAAGAUAAAAAAAAAAUAUAAUGAUCAUUAAUACUCGUUUAGAUAUAAUCGUCGAGCCAUUGAAGAAAUUAGAAUUUCAGAAAAAUCUAAGGAAAAGCCAGGAGCAAAAGCUGCUUAAAAACGAAUUAUUUUAUUUUGUCAAAGAACAGUGCCUGCGUAUCCACUCAACAAUUUCUUAUCAUUAUCAUUAGAUGAUGACUUAGAAAUAAUUUCUUUGAACCUUAAAAGAAAAAUAUAUGUGUAUGUGUAUAUAUAUAUAUAUAUAUCAAAUAUUUUGCUUUUCUUUUUUUUUAUUUUGCGAGAAGAAAAAAUUUGUUUAUUACAAAAACCGACAAGAAAAAAGAUGACGACAAAAAGCGGAAUCUUGACGCGGCACUUUGCUCUAUGCUUUUUUUAGAUAGUCUUUCAAAUUUUUAACUAGGAAGAAAUGGCCUACAACGCGUAUGGCUGCUCGAUGAACCUCGAACAUCUUCCUACCAAUGUGAACAAAACUAAGAAAAAAUUCCCUAGAAAGGAAAAUCUCAUAUUUUCGAGGACAUAACCAAUAAAGUAAAAUUAUCAAAAUUCUCAUCAAAUUAAUUUAAUAUUUUUAAACGAAUAGCCAUUUUCUUGUGUACCUGCACAAGUAUUGCCAACAUAAGAAGUAUAACUUAUGAAAUAAAUCAUAUAUCGUUCAAAACUUUCUUCUAGUCCUCCUGUUAUACUAUACGAGAACAAAAAAGAAAGAAAGAAAGAAAACAAUCUUUGGAGCAAAAUUAAUAUUGCUGUUGAGUUAUUCAGGCUCAUCCAGCGCCAUGCUCGAACAAGCAUACUUCGAAAUCACGGUAAUUUGCUCCCGAAUACCGAAAAGAAAUCGAAAAAGGAUUAGAAGAUACUAGUCACGUGUUCAAAGAUGCAAUUUACGAUGAGAAUUAUCUUCCAACGCAAUUGAUGAAUGAGAGGAACCAUGUGUGUAUUUAAAUAAACGUUCUCUUUUUUUGUUACUAUUAAUGUUAUUACCAGGAAAAAUCUUUUUUCUUCUUUAUUUUUUAUUUGAUUUCUUCCUUCAAGUAGAAUUCUAAUCAGAUAUCUUUUUUGCAAGUAUGUUUAAUUCAAUCUCUAUCGAAUUAUAAAUUAUAUUUGUCUCCUUGAUUUUUUUCUUUUUUUGUUAUCGAAUAAAAAACUGGAAAAAUUAUUAAAAUUUCAUAUGAAAUCUAAAAAGAAUUUUAAAAGAAAUUCGCUUUUCAGACUUCUGAUCGUGUUACCUCUAUCGAAUGUGAUAUCGUGUAAUAUAUUGAAAAAAUUUGUAAACGAUUUUAUUUAUUAAAUUUAAAUUGAUAUCAUUGUGAUGUUUAUAUAUAUUUGCUUCGAUAGAAAGUCAUUGACCAAGUAUUUUGAAGAUCAUCGAAACGAAGAAAAUAACAAAAAAAGAAAAAAAAUAGAUAAAAGAAUACAGAAAUACAUAUCAAUAUAUUUAUCUUAGAUAUCAUUUGUAAAACUUUUUCGAAAAUUAAUUUAAUUAAAAAUUGAAAUUCUAUUUCUUUUUCCUGAAGUAAAAUCUUUUUGAAAAUAAAUCAUCAACCAAAUGUCAUGUUAUAGUAUGGAGCAAGGAUUAAAGAACAUGUAAUAGAUGAAACAAGGGAGUGAGAGAAUGAGUAUGAGAGAGAUAAGGAGAAAGAAAUGUGUAAUAAUCGAUGUAAUUACUGAAUUAAUUUUUUUUUCUUUUUUUGGAAAAAAUUGUGGUAUCUUGGGAAGAUAUAUGCACACUAGGAGGACAGAAUUUUCCAUGUAAUAUAUAUAUCCUUACAUAACUACGUUGUUUAAUAUUGAUAAGGAUAAAAAAUAAAAGUGAUUAUUCAGAAAGUAAA